ACUCAGGGCAUAAAGCUUGGAAAAAUAAAAGCGUGCUUAGCAAAGCAACAAAACAGGAACGUUUGCUCGAAAAGCUAGAAAUAUUCUUCUUAUAGUUAAGUAACGAUAACUAGAACUUAGAAGAAUCAACAAUUGAUGAAACUCCAGACUUCACAAUGCCGGCAAAAUUCUAAGAGCCUAAUUUAAUUUUACCUUAAAUAUAUGACUACUAUCGUUGUUGGAACUCUUGCUUCCGACUGUAACAUACUGGAAGAUGUAUAAAGUCGCAUCGAAGCACUUAUCGUCGGAAUGGUUAAAAUGAGUACUUAUUGCUACCUAAUGGCUACAUCAGACACAUCGUCAUGCAUCUGUUCAAAGCUGCUGAUAUCGCCACCUUUUCUGUGCUUUUUACCGCGCAUCUUGCCUGCUCGUUGAAAAUAGCAAGCGCGCUUGGGGUUCUGGAAUGGACUCCCGAGCUCAUCGCGAAGGAAGACUAUUUCCAAGGCGAUGUUGAUAUCGUGAAUGGCGGCAUCGCAAGUCUAUACGGCGACUCAACGGUCGACCUCGGGUCGAAUUCUGAGACUCAAUUGCUCCUGCAGUUCGGAUCCCACAGAAACCUCCGGAGCAUUGGCACGGUGGCGGAAGUUUAUUAUAGAAUUGUCGCCAACAAGAAGUCUGGAAUUAAUUCCUUAGUGGAUCUGAAAGGGAAAAACAUUGGUGCUGUUAGGUCGACAUCGUCUGAGUAUUUUAUCCAGACGUAUCUUUCCACAGUUGGGCUAGAACCGGCAGACUAUACGAUCGUAAAUGGGAUUGGAUGUCUGCAAGAGCCCUGUGGCGCUGCCACUUUCCCUGCAAUGCUCAGAGAUGGGAGGAUAGACGCCAUCGGGAUGUGGGAGCCGUCGGUGGAGCUAGGCGCUGAAGCACUUGGAUCUGACACUAUUGUGUUUGGAGAUAAUCAAACAAUUUACCGAGAAAUUUAUAACCUCGCCACCACAACCGAAAAACUCGACGAUCCAAAGAAGAGGGAAGAGAUCGUGCAAUUCUUGAGGGCCUUGAAGCAAGCAGAAAACAUCUUUCAGACUGACCCCCAAAAAGUCAUAACUCGAGCUGCAGAAGCCGUCAACACCAAUGCCACACUGUUGGAAGCGGUAUGGCCUGUCCAUAAAUGGGAUGUGCGUGUGCCAUCGGAUAUGCUGGAUGUGCUAGUCGAUGAAGACAAGUUUGUGGCUCCAAAUGCUAGAAGGGACGCUCUUCCGAGAGAAAGUCUUGCUGCGCUUAUUGACCCAAGCGUAUUGGAUGAAGCUCUUCAGACAUGAAUAAUGCGCUGGGAAAUGCUCCGUUGUUCUGCGGACCCUGUUAUUGAAUUGUUAUUGUUUCAUUCCUUUUUAUUCAACCUUUUUGAAAAGCAGAGAGUAAAAAACACCGUCUCCGAUUCUGCAGUUUGGCGAUUAAAACUCUGAGUCCUAGUCGCAGGCGUUAGCUCCAGUCCACAGAGUGCUGGAUAACUAAAAGUAAGAGUCAGGAAAAUUUGAAGAUGAAAAUAUGUUCAACUAGGCUUAAUAUUGAUUGGGUCUGGCUUUUUAUGCGGUAUUUGCAUGAGGCUAUCUCGCAAUUUGGCAUGUCCUUAAUUUAAUUGAAGCUACUUGCUGGGAAGUUAUUUAUGGCACGGGGUUAUGUAUGUCACGUUAACUUAUCUGGUGAAUGGCGAGCCAAGUUAC